GAUGACGAUCGAGUAAGCGUCGCAGCUCGUAUGGCCAUCGGCUCUACGGCCUCUUGACACCGUCGCGGCGUCGUCGCUCCGCUCGAGGUACGAACGGCGUUUGAGUCCCAGUUCCUUCCGUUGCACCGGCGGCCUGGUCCCACCGCGAAAAGGAAAGCACGUGUAUCGAUCGCGGUACCGCCGGCUAUAGCAGUGCCCCUGCCCCUCAUCGCCCAGAUCCCCGACGACCUGCGCCCUGGAGAACUAACUGCCAGCCGAAAGACAAGUGCGGGUUGCGCACCAGCAUUUCGUUAACCAACGUUCGAGGAGGAAGUCAGUACUCCAACCGCCUCUGUCACGUAUCGACACGGUCGAUUUCUCUUCGGUACAUGCGUGACUUCUACUGACACAAGUGUUCCGAGGGUCCGUGUCAGUUGCAGAUCCUACCCUCGCUGGUCCAACGAGAGUACAGGGGUGUCAGGGUGAACGACUAAACAUUCAAAAAAUAAGUAUGGCUGACAGAAUUUACCAUCCGAACGCGGCGGUUGCUGCGAAUUCGCACUGCAGCAGCUUCAAACAGUAUCAAGAAUUUUACGAACAAUCGAUUGAAAGUCCCGAAAAGUUUUGGGGUCAGGUGGCCAAACAGUUUCACUGGGAGACACCGGUAAAAGAGGGAAAAUUUUGCUCGUACAAUUUCGAUGUGAGUAAAGGAGACGUAUUCAUCGAAUGGAUGGAAGGUGCCUCCACCAAUAUUAGUUUCAACCUUCUCGACAGAAACGUAAAGAAUGGAAACGGCGACAAGGUUGCCUUUUAUUGGGAAGGUAAUCAUCCAGAUGACUACUCUCGGCUUACGUACAGAAAACUGCUUGAAGAGGUCUGCAGAUUUGCCAAUGUCUUGAAAUCGAAAGGUGUAGCCAAAGGCGACUGCGUAGCAAUUUAUAUGCCAAUGAUUCUCGAAUUACCCAUAGCCAUGCUUGCGUGCACGAGAAUAGGCGCCACUCACAACAUUGUGUUUGCAGGAUACUCGUCGGAUUCACUGGCAGAACGAAUUCUCGAUUCAAAAUCAAAAGUCCUCAUAACUGCGGACGGCGUAUGGCGUGGUGAAAAGCUCCUGAAUCUGAAACGUAUAUGCGACGACUCUUUGGAAAAGGCAAAAAAUAACGGACACCAGGUAGAAAGCUGUAUAGUGGUAUCUCAUCUUCGAAGGCUCAGCAACACUAUGACUAAAUCAGAAUCCAGGGAAGGUGUCAGCGUAAAUGGUACAAAUGGAUCUACGAAUGGUACGCAAAAAAAUAACCCGCGAUCCGACGAUUUUGAGGUUGCUUGGGUAGAGGAUCGAGAUUUUUGGUGGCAUGAAGAGAUGGAAGACGUUGACUCUCGCUGUUACCCAGUAUGGAUGGCUGCUGAAGAUCCUUUGUUUAUAUUAUACACUAGCGGCUCGACGGGGAAACCAAAAGGCGUUCUCCACACUACAGCCGGAUAUCUCAUUUAUGCCGCCACGUCGUUCAAAUAUGUUUUCGAUUAUCAUCCGGGCGACGUGUAUUGGUGUACAGCUGACAUCGGAUGGAUCACAGGUCAUACUUACGUUGUCUACGGUCCAUUAGCGAAUGGCGCCACCUCUGUCCUGUUUGAAGGGACACCGUUUUAUCCGGACAAUGACAGAUACUGGUCAAUAGUGGAUAAAUAUAAGGUCACGCAAUUCUACACAGCACCGACCGUCGUGAGAUCACUCAUGAAGUUUGGAGAUGAUUUGCCAAAGAGACAUGAUCUUACGACUUUAAAGGUCCUCGGAUCGGUAGGAGAGCCCAUUAACUCCGAAGCAUGGCUGUGGUAUUACAACGUCGUCGGUCGUGGCAAAUGCAGUAUCGCCGACACAUUCUUCCAGACCGAAACUGGCGGUCACGUAAUCACGCCACUCCCAGGGGCGACACCCAUGAAACCCGGAUCCGCGACGUUUCCAUUCUUUGGCGUUUCACCAGAACUUCUAGACGAAGAUGGUACCGUGAUCAACGGCGAAGGUGAAGGUUUUCUGGUCUUCAGCAAGCCGUGGCCGGGUAUGAUGAGGACAUUGUUUGGAAAUCACGAAAGAUUUCAGUCAACGUAUUUCUCCAAAUUUCAUGGCUAUUACUGUACAGGAGACGGUGCGAAGCGAGACGCCGAUGGUUACUUGUGGGUGACAGGCCGCGUAGACGACAUGUUGAAUGUUUCCGGGCACUUGAUGUCCACUGCCGAAGUUGAGAGUGUCUUGAGCGAGCACGAAGCAGUCGCUGAAGCAGCUGUGGUGAGCAGACCACACCCGGUCAAGGGCCAAUGUCUUUACUGCUUCAUUACGCCGAACCAGGACGCGCCGUUUGACCGAAAGCUGCAGGAUGAAUUGAAGAUCAAAGUACGAGAAAGGAUAGGCCCCUUCGCUCAACCGGAUGUUAUUCAGCAUGCCCCUGGCCUGCCGAAAACGCGAUCGGGAAAAAUAAUGCGGCGUAUAUUACGAAAAAUAGCUGUCGGUGACAAAAACGUUGGCGACACAUCAACUUUGGCCGACGAAGCUGUGGUGGAUCUGCUUUUCCAGCUACGACCACAGAUUUAGAAAUUGAACCCGCUACAGCGUAUAAAUGGCACUCUUGCGUUCGUUCACAUCUGGUAUAUUAAAUAUAGUGAAAAUGAAAAAAGUGUAAGAAACUUGGUUGCGUUUCGCUAUCGUCCGUUACUCAAAAUCAACACCUUGAUUGGCUAUAUUCCCGCGUCAGUUGACAAAAUUCACCUGUCCCGAAACAGUCGUGUCGACCAAAAAUGGGUAUCAUCGUAUACAUAUGUACACCUUUUCAUUAGUAUUAUACCACAUUAUUUAUACGGGUCUCGUUUCCAUAUUUUCCAUAUUAUAUAUAAGUAAUAUUAUUAUAUAUAUUUAUUAGAGUGUUUCAAGGAAAAAAAUUUCGGAGUUUUCUUAACGCUAACCGAUAAAAUGCCUGUUUGGGACCUAAAAAAAGCCUCUUAAAAUGUGAGCCACGUAGUUUAUGCGUGAGAACCGCCGCAAUUGAUUUUUCCCAAACAGGCAUUUUAUCGGGUAGCGUUAAGAAAAAUCCAGCAUUUUUUAAUUUUUUUUGAAACACUCUAAUAUAUAUAUAUACCUAUGUAUACCUGCAGACAGUCGCACGCCAUCGUACACAUAUGCGUAUAAGCCACUCUGCGUAUUGUGUGAUUUAUUUUUAUGCGACAACCAUACAGUUAGUGUUCAGCUUUAAUUUAAAUGCUUUGCGAAGCUCCGUACAACAUACAGAUGCAUAAUGAAUAAUUCUGAUAUGUUACUGCGGUACCACACAAGCAUAAACAUGCCAUGUACACAGACGCGCAUUUGAAAAAAGUACGUGGCUAUGCAUCUCAAUAUAGCUAGCAGUUGCAAAUAACUCAUUGUCGGUUGAUUUAUAUAUUUUUUUCUUUCGUCUUAAUUCUUAACAUAGUAAUCUACGCAGAGGAUGAGUGUUAUUUUUAUAGUCCAUUAUACUUACAUUUGACAGGCGGUAUUGAAUAUACACCAAAAUCCUACCGUUCAUUUUGCAAAACGCCAACUACUGUUAGGUCAAAUUAUAUUUAGCUGUCACAUACUCAAUUGUUUUACAAUUAAACGACUCAGUGUGGAAAUCUGAUCUCCAAGCCAUCGUCGGUAAGAAGAUUCACGACUAAUCAUUCCAACGAAGGAUGUUUACAACGUAUAUUGCACUGAUCGUAUAACUUCACUAUACUUUCUCAAACGAAACGCAAAUUAAAUGAAUUAAAAACGAAUUAUUCGUGCUACAUCUUAUCGUUAGAAUAAUAUGUGCACUAACGUUUCAACGCAACAGCAGUAUUUAAACUAAGAAAAAACACAUGUACCGCAUGUCAUAUACGUCCACGUCACCGACUGGGCUGCGUUAAGAAUGAAUACCGAGGUGUAUCUUGUUCUCAAUGCACACUAGUGAAUAA